AUGCCAACCUGCGUUGAAUGCGGCGCCUCCGUUAGAAACCUUUACACCCAAUACAGCAAAGACAACAUACGCUUAACGUCAUGUAAUCAGUGUAACGAGUUUGCUGACAAGUACAUUGAGCACGACUUUGUCAUCAUAUUCAUUGACAUGCUUCUCCACAAGCCUCAGGUAUACCGUCACCUGUUGUUCAAUCGGAUAUCGCAAGCCGGGAAUAGGAUCGAGCCACACGUGACACGCUUCGCCAUCCUAUUGAUCCUGUUUGAAGUUUAUAUGAAAUGGUUUCGACUCGAGACGUACCAUGCCGACUAUGAAACGACCUUUGUACAGCACCCAUUACACUACCAAUACAUGUACAUCUUGACUCUGUGUAUCAUUGAGUUCGUGGCGUUCCAUUGCUGUGUACGACUCGCCAUUCGAUUGUAUCUCAUAUACCAACAACCAUCAUCACCUAAACAAAUAAGAUACAACUACGUGUCAAUGGCAUUGAUUAUAUCAAGUUUUGGGAAAAUGCUCCUCAUUCUGAUGGUGAUAUGGGACUACAAGCAACUCGAAUACUCUUGGCUUGUUAGCCUCAUUGUACUUGCAUCCAAUGCCGAGGCGUUAUCAGUGUACUUGGGGAUUCGAUACGUCCGGGUGGUAGGGAUUCUCCUACUUGGUAUAGCAAGCAAGCUUCUCGCGCAAUAUCUUUUCCUAUACAUUACCGGGAGAAUGAGCUCUCCGCCAUCUGUUUGGCUUAGCUUUUGA